UAAAGAGCACUAUAUUAAGGACUUCAUAUCAUGAAAACAAAUAUUCAUGGAAUUAUAGCAUUUACUGCACAAUGUUUAAUUUCACAGAGAGCAAGGAUUCUGUAUAUUACUUCAUCCUGAGGGGAGGUUUAGACUGGAAGGAAGCACAGGGUGAAGCUGAGGCGUUUUCAGGGGCAGCCGCCCAGCAUGAUAGCUGCUGUUAGGGACCAAAGGUCAGCAAGGGCCGUGGCUGACAAGGCGUCAACACAUCCAACAUGGCGGCCACCACCAACCCCGGCUGGAGGACCAAACCCACCCACUCCCGCGCGUCCUCUCCUUCCGGCCGUUAUCUAUGGUUCGCCUCCGCCAGGCGCUGCGCAGCGCAUGCGCAGCAGCGGGCCGGCCUGCUCCACAUUGGCGGAAGGGCGCGGAGGAGCCGGUGGGAGAUGGACGCUACCGGCGGGGAGGAGCUGGACAUGGAAGUAAUGAAGCCUUUAAUUGAUGAACAACAUUCAGAUGUUUCUGAUGAGGAGCAUGAAAAUAAUUUCCUGCCAGUUGAGAAGCAUUAUCAACUUGAUAGUGAAGAAGGCAUUACGUUUAUACAAACACUUACCCACCUUCUCAAAGGAAACAUUGGAACUGGGCUUCUUGGUCUUCCUCUUGCAAUAAAAAAUGCUGGCAUUGUGGUUGGACCAGUCAGCCUUGUGUUCAUAGGAAUUAUAUCCAUUCAUUGUAUGCACAUCUUGGUACGUUGCAGCCACUGUCUAUGUCAGAGGUUGAAAAAAUCCUCACUGGGUUAUAGUGAUACAGUUAGUUAUGCCAUGGAAGUGGGACCUCUGACUGCCCUUCAGAAAAGAUCCUCCUGGGGAAGGUAUAUUGUGGACUUUUUCCUAGUGAUAACACAGCUGGGAUUUUGUAGUGUAUAUGUUGUAUUCUUGGCAGAAAACGUUAAACAAGUCCAUGAAGGAUUUUUGGAAAACAAAACUGCUUCUAUAAACGUCAGUGUUACCAGCAGCAGUUCUUCAGAGAGAAGGAAUACUGAUCUACGAAUAUACAUGCUUUGUUUCCUGCCAUUUAUGAUCCUCCUGGUCUUUAUUCGUGACCUGAAGAGCCUGUCCUUGCUUUCACUGCUAGCCAAUCUGUCCAUGGCUGUCAGCUUGGUGAUCAUUUACCAGUAUAUUGUUAGAGAUAUAGCAGAUCCUCGAAAACUGCCUCCCGUGGUUGGCUGGAAGAAAUAUCCUCUAUUUUUUGGAACAGCAGUGUUUGCUUUUGAAGGAAUUGGUGUGGUACUCCCAUUGGAAAACAGAAUGAAAGACACCACACGCUUCCCACUGGCACUGAACAUUGGCAUGGGAAUCGUUAUGACCUUGUACAUCUCAUUAGCCACUCUUGGGUAUCUGCGCUUUGGGGAUGAAAUCAAAGGCAGCAUAACGUUAAACCUACCACAGGAUCAAUGGUUGUAUCAGUCUGUAAAAAUUCUAUACUCCUUUGGGAUUUUUGUGACCUAUUCGAUUCAGUUCUACGUCCCUGCGGAGAUCCUCAUUCCAGCUGCUACCUCCAAAGUGGAGCAGAAGUGGAAGUUACCCUGUGAGCUCAUGGUGAGAGCGCUGCUGGUCUGCUCAACCUGACUUAGUCCAGAUGCUCCACUUUUGUUGUUCUGCAUAGUUCACUUUGAUCUUCCAUAAGCUGGUGCUUUUUUCACUCUUCUGGUGUUAACCCACUCUUCAUCUAGUACCUGGAACCCUGUUGUUUGUAAGCUUCCUGUUUUGGUUGUUUUUUUUCAUCUUUAUUCAUAUGCCUUUGCCUGUAUCUUAUGCUUGUCUGUAUUUUAAUUAUAUGUCGUAAUUCAUCUCUAGUAUCAGACAGUGAGCUAGAGGAUUAUUAGCUUAAAAGCAGAAUGAGCCAUUAUUAUUAUUAUGUGUCAUGUAAUCAACUUGACAGAAUAUAUUACAGAUAUGAAGUCUAAGUGGUUUAGCUAAGAGAGCUGCAAUUACGUGGUUUGUUUCCUUUAAUUAUCCCUAUUUGAUAGUUACAGAACGUAUUUCUUAUUAAAAUAUGGAGGCAAAAUGCGGCAAGUGCACCACUGAGAAUAUUGUAACAGUUUAAUUUUAACAUUUGGUGCUUAGAAAUACAGGCCUGGCAAAGGGAAUGCACUGUUCAAUUAAGUGUAAAGUGAUACAUGCUAACUCUAUUUGAGAUUUGUUUUAAAAUUCUGAUCUUACUUCUUAAUUGUCACCUUGAAGUUGGAUAUUGUGUAAAAAUGUCUACUAGACUUGAUGUGCUGCUCAGAGAAUUGAAUGAGUUUUGAUUGCACGACUAUGUAUUCUAAUUUGUCACUAUUAGGAAAACUGUAUAAUCAUUUUGGAUAUUAUUGCUUAAAUUAAAAUGCUGUCUGUAUGGUGUUUUUUUUUUUUUAAAUAAAUCUGAAAUAAUAUUUGCUGGGCUAGAUCGAAAUUGCAGUGGAGUUAACUGAGGUUAAGGAGAGGUUAAAGUGUCAGGAAUGAAAACUAAAAUAAUUCAAUUUUGUGGCUCUGUUGAGCUGGAUAUAUCUUUGAUCUAAUUUGUGCUCAGGUUUGUGCUGAGUCAACUGUGAUAAACAGCCUGCCUCCUGGGUCAGAGCAGCCUGACGUGGUAGCAUUAGUAAUUGGGGAUUGUUUGGCAAUGCUAGCUGUUGCUCAGUAGAGAAAAAGGGACCACGGCCCUUCAUGUUCUGGGGCUUGUGCAUGUUUCAAUGAGUCAAUAAGUCUUUCAGGAAAGGCUUUGUAUCUUUAUAGCUCUUUUUGGUAUUAUUGAUAGAAGAAGCCAACAUCCUUUACAACUGGUUGUGUCUCUUUUGAAGCUAGGAAAAGAGCUUGAAUUCUUGGUUGUAUUGACCUCCAUCAAAAUAACUCUAGUGUCUUAUUUUACCAUUAAUGUUCUGUUGUUUUUUUUAAAAAACUUGCUUUUGUGUUACACUCCUCUAGCUUCAACUUUUAGUCCCUGUGCCUGUUGACCUUUUGUCUGCUAGGCUUAGGGGCACAUCCUGGGAUGGUGACAGGGCAGCCUCUUAUAAAGGGUCUGACCACUUUUCUGAUAAAAAAAAUUCUUUCUAAUACUGCAUCUGAACCUCCCUUGGCACAUUCAGAGGCCAUUUUCUCUCAUCCUAUCAUUGUUACCUGGGAAGAGAGGUGACCCUCACCUUGCCACAACCUUCUUUGGUAAUGUAAACAGACUUGAGUGUAGGAGGCAAUUUUCUAUCCUUGUUUAAGAGGAUCUUUUUUUAUGCAGACUGUAAGGGAAUCUUUCCCAAUACUCACAAAGUCUCUUUCACGUCUGCAAACCAGAAACAAUUUUCAAUACAUUGCAAUAAUUUCUCCAUUUUAAUAAUGUUCUUUUAUGUUUAUGACCAUAUUAUCACUUUUGGUUGUAGUAUUAACCUCAUGUUCAUUUGAGUAGCUGCUGUGGCUCCCAGGAAAGUAAAGCAAGAUCAUUGGUUCCAGGCCCACUUAGGUAGUUUAUUAGUAGUAGGCCAGCAAUGAGAUUGUAUUGCUAACUCAUAGCAGUGUGUGUGUCAGGAAUACUGAGUUCACAUCUCCCUUAAACAUUGGUGAGAAUUGUCCAUGUAACUCACCACGUUCUUUGCUGAGAAUAAACCAUUUUCUUCUACAUGUUGUAUUGCACAUAUAUUAUCAAAUAAUGCCAGUUACAAAUGUUUUUUAAUGAAUCAGUGGCAUAAAUAAUUCUCACUGACCAUCUAUUGUUGAAAUUUACUUAACAGUAUCAGGUAUGGUUACUUAAAGGGUCAAAAAGAUUUACUGCUGAGUUCAGAUGUUUUACAGUUUUCUAGGAAUUUCAUCCUAUCAGUUGGACUUAAUGAUAACUCUAAUUUAGUCUGAUUGUCUCUCUGUUGUAUUGUUGUGCUCAAGAUUCAUGUCAAGUCUGUUUUCUCCUGCCAGAUGUUCCAUUUAUGUUGCCCCCAGGAAAAUGUUGUAAAUUAGAGAUGUCUUCCCUGAUAUCUGCUAAUACAUUUUAGAAUGAAAUUCUUGCAUGAAGGUCUGCCUUUACAGCUCAAAUGUAUGAGAUACCAGGAAAGAGCAGAACUAUUGGGUUUUAAAAAUAUUUGUUAUUUUGUUCCUUUUGUUUAUGACUCAUUUAAUAAUCCAUGCCUUAGAGUAUGGAUAAAAUAAUGUACUGCUUGCUUGCAUGUCUUACAGCUAUAGCUGUUCCCUUUAGCUUCCAUUAAGUAAUAAAAAGCCACUGUGCCAGAGUUCCAUGGUUUUUCUGAUAAGCAGAUUUGGUUAAACAUUUCAUUUCUGUUGCCUGUACAGACAAACUCUACAUCCAUACCUCUAUUUAUCACAGAUACCUUUGAUUUCCAUUCAUACUCAUGCAGUCACAGAAUUAUCACAGAAUUGUUGGGGUUGGGGGGGACCUCUGGAGAUUGUGAAAUCCAACCCCCUGCUUAAGCAUGUUACCUGCAAUAGAUCACACAGGAGAGCGUCCAGCUGGGUCUUAAAUAUCUCCAGAGAAGAAGACUCCACAGCCCUUUCCUUUUCUUGUACACAAGGUGAUCCAGGCCCCUAGUCACCUUUGUGACCCUCUGCUGGACUCUCUAGGAGAUCCAUGUCUUUUUUGAAAUGCAGAGCUCAGAACUGAGCACAACACUCCAGUGGCCUCACCAGGGCAUAGCAGAGGAAGAUGAUAAUCUCCCUUGAACUACCGGCCAUGCUCUUUUUAAUGCAACCCAAGAUCCCUUUAGUCUUCUUGGCCAAAAGGGAAUGAGGCAGCAUGUCAACCUCUUGUUGCUGAGGACACUCAGGUCAUUUUCAUGAGCUCAUUUCCAGCAAGUCAGCCCCUAACCUGUACUCAUGCAUACAACUGUU